CUUCUCGUGAAUACCAUUUUGUAUUUUUGUUUUCUAUGUUACAGUUCCACCCCCCUCCAUGCUGCCGUAGUUUGGGCCCAGAGGAAAGACAAAAUUUACCUCACAAUCAACUUGGAAGACAGCAUAGACACACAAAUUGAUAUUAAUGAAAACUCCUUUCACUUCAAAGGGAAAGGCGGACCAGAAAAAAAACAAUAUGAAGUAAAACUAGAUUUUUUUACAGAAAUUAUACCCAGUGAUUCCAAGUACCAAGUUUUACCAAGAAACGUGCCAUGUGUAAUAAAAAAGAAAGACGAUGGAGAAUUCUGGCCACGAUUAUUAAAAGAGAAAAAAAAGGUCCACUGGUUAAAGACUGACUUUGCCAAGUGGAAGGAUGAAGAUGAUUCAGACUAUGAAGAAGAUGUACCAAUGGACUUAAACCAGAUGAUGCAAAAUAUGGGAGGAAUGGGAGGAAUGGGUGGUAUGGGUGGUAUGGGUGGCAUGGAGGGCAUGGACGGCAAAGAGGAGGAGA